AGAUUCCAUGGACUUUCCACUCUAUCUCAUCCUCCAGCUCCUCAUGCUUCUCAUCUGGGUAGAAGGAUCAGAUUCUUCACAUAGGAUAAAGCAUAAAAAUAAUGAGACAGCUGUAUUGGGAGAAGAUGUGACUAUUUUCUUCAAUUUGACAACUCCAGCAGAUGUUGUGCAAAUCACCUGGCAGAAGAUCCAAGACUCUUUGCCACAAAAUAUUGGCACUUAUAGCGAUAAAUAUGGAGAAAAGAUUCUCCCACCGUAUGUAGAUAGACUGCACUGCAAGAUCAUCAAACCCAAUAUCUCAUUCCUAACUAUCCGGGAAGUGGCAUUUGAAGAUGAAGCUUGCUACAAAUGUCUAUUUAAUGUGUUUCCACAUGGCAGCCAAGGAGGACAAAUCUGCCUUACCAUUUUAAUCCUAAUGAAGCCACCAGAGGAAUAUCUUGUUCAGAACCCAAAUAGCACAGUAACUGUCACUAAAACGUAUACCAUCUCUUUGGAAACGGUGAAGUCCUUAGGACUCCAUCACCUGAUUGUGCACGUGGAUCACCCUCUAAGGAAUGAGGACAAGAUUGUUCCCCUGUAUGUAAACGAAGAAUGUACUUCUGGUUCUUUUUCUGUUUGGAUACCUGUAGUUUGUGCACUCCUAACUUUAUGUAUUUCAUUUACCAUUGUCAUCAUUCUCUAUAUUAAGAGAAAGAAACAGUCAAAGAACAUGCGUGAACCAACACCCCAGCUCAGACAACCUCAUAUGGAGACCUUAAUGAGCUACUGUCUUCUCACAUGCAGAGCCAAGAGCUCUGGGACUUGUUAAAAUACAAAGAAUCCUCAUCAUUAAUGCAAGUGGAAGAAAACUCUCCAGUAAAGAAAAAAACUGAUCACAUGAUGACAGGAGAAAAAAAUUACGGAAUUGAUUGCUUGAAUAUAUA